CGGGUGCUGUGCUUGCUCGCUCUGGAAAGACAGUUCGAAUUGGUCCUCUCAGGAGAUUGAUGGACUGUGCAGCCAAUUAGGGCAGGCUUAUGGAGGCUUGCUAGUCACAGACAUGUCAGACACAUAUUUUUCCUAUUGGCUUUCAUACAUUACUGACUCUCUUGCUGACAGAGAAGAGAAGGCCCCUCUGCAUUCUGGAUAGAAUGGUUCCCUUCUUUCCUGUUAUUUAGUAACAUCAGCAGGGAUUGGUUGAAGCCAGAGACAGGUGAGCUAAUACAUAUUCCUAUUGGUGGACACCUUGCAGGACACCAUGUAUGUGCUUUUUACUGUGCUGGCUGCUUUAUUCCUAGCUUUGCUUCAGAGGCGCUUCAAGAGCCGGCGACUGUGUCUUGAUCCAAAACGGCUGGAUGGCAAAACUGUCCUCAUAACCGGUGCGGCAUCAGGAAUUGGUAAAGAGACAGCCAUUGCCCUGGCAAGGCGUGGUGCCCGUGUUCAUAUCACUAGUCAAGAUGACCAGAAAGGGGAAUCUGCCCUUCGAGACAUCAAAAGAGAAAGUGCAAGCAUGAACGUCCGAUUCUGGAGCCUAAAUCUGGCAAAUCUGCAAAGCAUCCGCAAUUUCUGUAAGGAGUUUCUGAAGAAUGAAAGCCGUCUCGACAUUCUUAUCAACAAUGAUGGUGUGCCCGCUGUGUUAGACUGGACGGAUAAUGGAUUCAGUUUGUGCUUCGGAGUCAACCACCUGGGACCUUUCCUCCUCACCAAUCUACUACUAGAACAGCUAAAAAGUUGUCCUCCAAGCCGCGUUGUUAACGUCACUUCCAAUGUUCAUAAAUAUCAGAAGCUGGACUUCUCCGACUUAAACUACAAUGUAGUGCCACUGUUCACCUACUGCCGGAGCAAGCUGGCAAAUGUCUACUUUACCCAGGAGAUAGCUCGACAGAUGGAGAGGCAUGGAGUCACUGCAUGUGCUGUUCAUCCAGGCUAUGUGACUGGUGACUGGACCUCCCAAUUUUCAAUUCUCUUCCGCAUAGUGAUGUAUGUUAUCACAUCCCUGUUCUUCAUUUCAUGUGACGCGGCAGCUCAGACGGUCAUAUACUGUGCUAUAUCCGAUGACAUUCUCCGGCAUAAUGGCGGCUAUUUCUCAGACUGUAAGCCCCGCAAUUUGCGCCCUUAUGUGCAAGAUGCUGGCAUAGCCAAAAAGCUUUGGGAGGCCAGUGAAGCCAUGGUUGGACUUAAUUCCUCUGCAAGAGAACAUCUAACAAGAACAAAAUAGUUUUUUAAAAUUAAUUUUUCUUUAUGCAGCAGUGUAUUUUUCCGAUCAGCUUUUUUUUUUUUUGGGGCUUUCAAAGGACCAUUGGGAACUGAUCCAGAUGAACUUCUAUCCAUUCUACAGUGCUAUCUGAAGCAUUACAGUUGUCUUUAAUAAGUGUAGCAGAGAACAUCCUUCAUAUAGUUAUUUGGACACAGCUGUAUCCUGUGUAUAUGCUUGGGCUUUGUCUUAAAUUAUGAAUAUUUAUUGCU